GUUUUAACCAAUAUCACUGUUGUCUGCAAACAGUUUGCACAGUUUGUCAGCAGGGAAGCUUUCUGUUUUGAUAACUUCAUCUCUGAAAAAAGAACAUGCUUAAUAAUCAAGUUCAACUUUAAAAUGUUUUACGUAGAAGAUGAUAGUGAAGAUGAGGAAGAGCAGGUUCAUGAGGACUCAUUAAGUAAGACUCAAGGGAUUUACCAUGGCAAGGCCCCUUCAGGCAUUCUGUCUCAAACCAUGAAUUAUGUGGGACAGCUGGCUGGGCAGGUGCUUGUCACUGUGAAGGAACUCUACAAGGGCAUUAACCAGGCCACCUUAUCUGGGUGCAUUGAUGUCGUCGUGGUGCAGCAGCAGGAUGGCACCUACCAGUGUUCACCUUUCCAUGUUCGCUUUGGGAAGCUGGGAGUCCUGAGAUCCAAAGAGAAAGUGAUCGAUAUAGAAAUCAAUGGCAAUGCAGUGGAUCUUCACAUGAAGUUGGGUGACAAUGGAGAAGCUUUCUUUGUGGAGGAGACUGAAGAGGAAUAUGAAAAGCUUCCUGCCUACCUUGCCACCUCACCAAUUCCUACUGAAGAUCAGUUCUUUAAAGAUAUUGAUACCUGUUUGGUGAAAUCAGUUGGAAAUGAAAGAUCAUCUCAGAGUUCAGACAUCUCACACAUCCUGGAAACAGAGACGAUUUUUACUCCAAGUUCUGUGAAAAAGAAAAAACGAAGGAGAAAGAAAUGCAAACAAGACAGUAAAAAGGAAGAGCAGGCUGUUUCUCCUGCUGCAGAAGACACAUGUGAUGUGGCCGUGAGCUCUGAUGAAGAGAAAGGAGCCCAGGCAGCAAGAGGCUCUUCGACUGCUUCCUUAAAGGAAGAAGAGUAUAAGGAACCUUUGCUUUUCCAUUCUGGAGACCACUACCCCUUAUCUGAUGGAGAUUGGUCCCCUUUAGAGAACACCUAUUCCCAGGCAGUUUGUCCUAAGAGUGAUUCAGAGUUGGAGGUGAAACCUGCCGAGAGCCUGCUCAGAUCGGAGUCUCAUAUGGAGUGGACGUGGGGCGGGUUCCCAGAGUCCACCAAGGUCACCAAAAGAGAGAGAGCUGAUCAUCAUCCUAGGACAGCUACCAUUACACCAUCAGAAAAUACCCAUUUUCGGGUAAUUCCCAGUGAGGACAACCUCAUAAGUGAAGUCGAGAAGGAUGCUUCCAUUGAAGAAACUGUCUGCACCAUAGUGAAACCCAAACCCAGAGCCUUGUGUAUGCAAAUGGGUGAUGCAACUUCAGCUGCAGAACUUCUCGAACCUCUUCUUGAGAGUCCUCAGAUUUCAUCUAUGUUAGAUGCAGACCACCUUCCCAACCCAUCCUUAGUGGAGGCUCCCUCAGAAUCUAAACCAGCUGCUAAAGUAGACUCGCCAUCGAAGAAGAAAGGUGUCCACAAGAGAAGCCAGCACCAAGGACCUGAUGAUAUUUACCUUGAUGACUUAAAAGUCCUAGAACCUGAAGUUGCAGCUCUAUAUUUCCCUAAAAGUGACUUGGACCCCGGCUCCAGGCAGUGGCCCGAGUCUGACACGCUCUCUGGCUCCCAGUCCCCACAGUCUGUGGGAAGUGCUGCCGCGGAUAGCGGUACUGAGUGCCUCUCAGAUUCUGCUAUGGACUUGCCUGAUGUCACUCUCUCUCUUUGUGGGGGCCUCACUGAGAAUGGAGAAAUUUCCAAAGAAAAAUUCAUGGAGCAUAUCAUUACUUACCAUGAAUUUGCAGAAAACCCUGGACUAAUAGACAAUCCUAACCUUGUAAUAAGGAUCUAUAACCGUUACUAUAAUUGGGCUUUGGCUGCUCCCAUGAUUCUUAGCUUGCAAGUAUUCCAGAAGAGUCUGCCUAAGGCCACAGUUGAGUCCUGGGUCAAAGACAAGAUGCCAAAAAAAUCUGGUCGCUGGUGGUUUUGGCGUAAGAGAGAAAGCAUGACCAAACAGUUGCCAGAGGCCAAGGAGGGAAAAUCUGAGGCACUGCCUACCAGUGACCUGCCAUCAAACACCAAGGAGCCAGUCAAUGCCAGGCCAGCUGAGGACGACUCAUCAAGUGACGAGGGGUCUCAGGAACUCGAAGAAUCUAUUAAAGUGGACCCUAUACCCCCCGAGCCACUGAGCCAUGGCAGCACAACCUCAUAUAAGAAGUCUCUCCGACUCUCCUCUGACCAGAUCGCAAAGCUGAAGCUCCACAAUGGCCCAAAUGAUGUUGUAUUCAGUAUCACUACCCAGUAUCAAGGCACCUGCCGCUGUGCCGGCACCAUUUACCUCUGGAACUGGAAUGACAAGAUUGUCAUUUCCGAUAUCGAUGGAACAAUAACCAAGUCUGAUGCUUUGGGACAGAUCCUUCCACAGCUGGGUAAAGACUGGACUCAUCAGGGCAUAGCGAAACUCUACCAUUCCAUCAAUGAGAAUGGCUACAAGUUUCUGUACUGUUCUGCGCGUGCCAUCGGCAUGGCCGACAUGACCCGAGGUUACCUGCACUGGGUCAACGACCAGGGCACCAUCUUGCCCCGAGGCCCUCUGAUGCUGUCGCCCAGCAGCUUGUUCUCUGCCUUCCACAGGGAAGUGAUAGAAAAGAAACCAGAGAAGUUCAAAAUUGAGUGUCUAAAUGAUAUCAAGAAUCUGUUUGCCCCGUCCAAGCAGCCCUUCUAUGCUGCCUUUGGAAACCGUCCAAACGAUGUCUAUGCAUACACACAAGUUGGAGUUCCAGACUGUAGGAUUUUCACCGUGAAUCCCAAGGGUGAAUUAAUACAAGAGAGGACCAAAGGAAACAAGUCAUCAUAUCACAGGCUGAGUGAACUUGUGGAGCAUGUGUUCCCACUCCUCGAUAAGGAACAGAAUUCUGCCUUUCCGUGCCCAGAGUUCAGCUCAUUCUGCUACUGGCGAGACCCCAUCCCUGAGGUGGACCUGGAUGACCUGGCCUGAGGCAGCAUCUCUGGUAGUGAAGGGGCUGCAGUUACUCGCCUCACGGCAAAGGAAGGUGGCCGGACACCUGCUCACCCAAGCAGGGACAGGAUUUCUGGAGCUGGCGCUGCUGACCUCCUUCGCCUUCCUAGGCCACUGCUCAGCACCUGGAAGCAGGAGCGAAGGAUUCGACUUGGGUUAGAGGCCUAUGGUCCAUCACACACAGGCCCUCACAUGUGCUUUUUGCCGAGUUAUGUGCUGGCUGCUCCUUCAGUUGCAUAAUAUGAAAGGAAAAAAGCUAAAAAGGAGUGGACCAAAACAUUAUACGAAGUAUUAUCAUUUCCAUUGGGCAGUUGGGAUUGUUUAUCUCGGUAACCAGGGCUUUUUCCAGAGGGUCAGGGUCCACUGAACUGCCCCAAGUCCAGUUUGUGAUGCUGGCUGAAACUGCACACAGCUCCUCUCCAGGCCCCUCCUUUGCUGCACACUGAAACAACGGUGCUCAGGUGUGCCAAGCUGGGGGGGCCUCCAGGGGAGAAUAUCCCCUCCUGUCAUCAUUUUUUCAUCUGUGACUACUCCAUGCUGAGAGGCCUUUAAGUUAUUUCUUAGACAUAGUCAGGAGAACAGAUCUUGUAUGUCUAUAUUUGAUGUCUGUAAUAAAAAUACUAAUAACAGGAAGUUGGGUUUUAAAGCAAACAAAAACCAUAACAGUUGUUUUCAAGGAAGCCUCAGAGACGCAGGUGUGUACUUGUGUUUGCCCUUGGGAGUAGACCUUUUUUCUGUCUCUACCUGUUGCCUGGCUUAGGUGGGCCUUUGGGUGUCUUGCUUUGGGAACAGGAUUCCCAGAAUUUGGUGCUUCCGAUCUGUUAGGGGAGCACAGGGGAGCUUGUGUAAAGGUCACUGCCAGCAGGGAUCGGCUCUGGCACUUACAGUUACAACCCCAUAGAAGCUGGUAGGAAGCGUGUCAGUGCGUUUUUGGAGUUGCCUCUGGAGCGAUCUGCCCUCUGCAGUGUCCUGAGCCCACCAUUCUGCCUCUGCCAUUAGCCAGGGGACUCCUGUGGUCUGCCAUGCAGAGGCUGCACCAUGAGAUUUCAUGGGGACUUGCAGGGUACCCAUGCAUUGUCACUAAAGUAUACAUCACCGCUUCAUUUACUGACUUGUGAUAAGCUCACGUCAGCAGGGAAGGGCGUGUACUGAAAGUCCUUCUGAGUGUUUCUGGGUGUUGACAGUGUCUGCGGUAUUAACAGCAAGAGCACCAUUAGCAGACUUUCAGGGAACCAGCAACAGCCCCGUGUCUUACUCCUCCCUGGGUAUGUGCAGGAGGUGAGACACAGACGUCAUCCUGAAAGGGUUUUCUUUCCAGAUUUUCCUGCCUCUGCUGUUGUGUUGGAGACAUCUUUUUGUUUUAGUUUGCCUCAUCCAAAUUAAUACUGAUCUGAAGUUUGAGUAAAGGGGUAGUUAUUUUUCCAGAUUGGAGAGUUCAGAAUCCUGGCUGAUUCCAGCCAGUGGCCCAGUGCUGUUGGAUGCAGAGACAAUGUUGAACCUGGUUCUCAGUGGCAGAAUGUUCACAGAGGGGCUGCACAAGCUUUCUCCAGGGCAAAUAUUCCCCCCUACAUAGUUGCCAAGGACUAGUUGCUCAGUGAGUUUGUUUCUGUACAAAACAAGGUUAGGGAAACUAGGUUAUGUUCCUAUGACAUUCUGCCCAGCUAGGGAAUUACAGUUGCAGUAGAGCAGCCAUGCAGCUCCUCGAUGUCAUAGGCACCGUCAGCGUGGCCCCUCAGCCACCUUUGAUUUACAGGAAGAGCAGGAGCUGCAUGUGCCUCUCUCCAGCUCAGUGGGAAUUUGCAUAUAUGUGGUACGCAAAAGCUUAAUUCACAUCUUUCUUAGUUCUUUUUGGUUAUUGUUGAGAGUAUUUGACUGGUUUGUUUCUUUUUCCUGACAAGCUCUCCUCUUUGGACACAGGGGCUUUCUCAGAGGGUGCACCCUAGGGCCUGGAUCUCUGGGGCAAGGUUGAGGACAUCUGGUCCCUCUGUCCCAGUGUCUAGCACUAGACUUUGUUGCUGCAGAUUGAUCCAGUGGGUACAUAGGCUAAUUAAUGUGAGUCUCUUUCCUUGUUUAAAGGAGUCCCUGUUGCUGAAAGUAGAUGAUUACUUUUGCUGUAGUGUUAUGAACGUAUUAGUUUGUGCUGAAAAUCCAUUGCCAUUUGGUACAAAUGACAUUGUUCUUUCUGUGAAAGAGAGAUGCUCUCGAGUGUGUUUGUACACAAACCUUAGGAUGGUGAAUUGAAGCAUCACCCUAGGCUGGCCUCAGUGGUGGGUGAGGUUGCAGGCAGAUGGGGCUCUACUGAGUCAGUCAGUCGGCCACUCCAUGGGUGACAGAGCCCCUUUACCCCUUUCCAGUUCAGUCUGUCGUUAGUAUUUGCUUUCAUGUCCCUGUGUUGAGGCGUGUGCUGGUGUGGUGUGUGAGGGGCUUGACAGACCUGGAGCAGGCAGACUGAACCCUUAUUCGAGGACUGUUUUGCUGUGCUUAAGAACAUUUCAUAAUUUCAGUUGGAAAAGGGAACAACCAAUGAGACGUCCUAAAGUCCUGGGCAGCACGGCUGAGGAAGCAAGCUGACAGUGACUGGAGAGCACGUCUGCCCCCAGCGGCCCGCCUGGCCCCGGGCCUGUGCACACAGCCCUGCUGCUGUUUGCCCCUGAAGGUGUGCAGGCAAGACCUUUUCAAGAAGAAACGGUUAGGAAAAAGGAAGCUCCUCUUCUUUUUGCAAGUUGGCGAAAACAGAUUCUUCCAGGGAGUUUUACAAGUGUCAUCGUAUUCACCAUCUGCAAAGCUUUGUUUCCCCUGCCUUUUUUUUUUUUUUAAAUAGAGCAUUUGGGGUUUAAUAAAACUGGUUAGGUAUUAGUUAAAAUGAGUGCUCUUCCAGGUGAAAACUGCUUUUUUCGGUUUGCUUUGAAGGUAAGAAAGGGGGAGGGGGGAACUUUGCUCUUUUAAUUUAAUAAUUAUGUUCAGCCUCUGAUAAAGUAUUUGAUUAUUAAACAGCAAUGCCACUAAUAACUUUUAAGUUGUCAAAAAUUAAUUGUAAACAUCAGUACAGUACUCUUAGUUAUGGUAAAGACAGUUGUCUUAAAAUGAAUGGCUCAUAUUUUGAUGCAGUGUUUGAUGUUCAAAACAAAAUGUUACGACAAUAAAAAAAUUAAACAAUG